UAAAGAAAAUUAUAAAGUAGAAAAAUGGAUCCAGCGACAGUUAUUGCUCUUUAUAAAGAGAACAUUCAACCUUUGAGACAUGGAAGAAAUGCAACUCAGCUUGGUACUGCUCUUCGUGCCCAAGAAGAUAUCGAAGCUCAACAGUUGCUCCAACAAGAAAGACAAAUGUACGAAGAUACCAUCAAAAACUAUGUAGGAGAGGAUCCUUUAGAAAAUUGGUACGAUUAUAUUUCGUGGGUAGAGCAAAGUUAUCCUAAAAGUGGUCAUGAAAGCCCAUUAGGAAGGCUUUUACAAGAAUGCUUAACAAAUUUUGAAAAAGAAACAAAAUAUCAUCAAGAUCGAAGGUUUAUUCGAUUAUGGAUAAACUAUAUAAGUGCGCAAACAAAUCCUUUAGAAAUGUAUCAGCUUUUAUACAAUAAUGGGAUUGGUACAAUGGUUGCCGAUUUGUAUCGUGCAUGGUCAUUCGAACUGGAGCAGGUUGAAGAUUUUAAAAGAGCAGACGAAGUAUAUAUGAUUGGUAUGAGCUGCCGAGCUGAACCGAGAGAAGAAUUAGACUACGCUCACAAAAAUUUUCAACUAGCUGUUGCCCGAAAGAUGCUCGGACGCAAUGACGAUAGAAACGAAAUUUCUUUAGCCGAACAAAGACAAGCUUUCAGUUCUUUGAAGGCUAUCAAAGCUGGAAAAAGAGUAGGCAGCGUUCGAACGGGACAUCGAGUGCGUGAUUAUAUGCCAGGUGCAAUUCCACAGCAGAUGAGCUCAAUGAACCACGCACAAAAGCCAAAUGCUGUUAUUCAAAUAUACCAGGAUGAAACGUCCGGUGAAAUGAAAGGUUCUAGUAUAUUAGAUCAUGUUCCAAUUCAAGAUACGGUGCAUAAAGAAAAUACCAUUAAACCUGGACCCUGGAAUAGUAAUUCAAGAAAGUGCCCAUUGAUAUCAUCCGCAAUUAAACCGUCGUUCAAAGUACAUGAAGAUACCGAAGAGAUUAAUAUGGAUAAACUAAGACUAUUUCCAAAUCAUAUUUCAUUUUUUGAUGAUAGUAAAUAUAACGAGCACUUUAUGGUGCCUGUAUUUGUUCCAGAUGUGCCUAAUUCAAGUAUUACAUUAAAACCUCAUUAUCCCAAAGAUUUAGUUUAUGCCAAUAACAUGGACAGGAGCUUGGAAGAAAUUAGAGCUCAAAAAUAUCUUGAAAGGCGACACAAAAAUCUGCCUUUAAACGGGCACAUGGAAGAAGUAAAUAACUUAGAUCAACAUUCCAUAUCAAAAUUAAAUGAUUUGAGACAUCAGAUACACCAUGACAAUCAUUUAGAGGAAUUAGAGCGCCAAAAUGUAGAAAGACGAAGGCUUGAUCAGCAACACAGAGAAGUUGAAUUAGAAAGACAAAGGUUAUUAGAACAGCAACAGAGAGAAGUUGAAUUGGAAAGGCAAAGACACAUUGAACAACAGCAACGUGAAGCUGAAAUUGAGAGACAGCGGCAACAGCGUUUGCAGAAUGAGCAAUUAGAACUUGAGCGACAACAGCGUCUCCGUGAGGCGGAGCUUAAACGUCAGAUGUUAUAUGAGGUAGAACAAAAUGAGAUGAAACGUCUUCAGCAGCAGCAGCAACAACAACAACAACAACAACAACAACAACAACAGAGUCUUCAAAGUUCAGGAUUUUUGAGUCAGCAUCAUUCGUCAACGGACGAGCAGCAUUUACUUAGCCAGAGUAUGACCGUGAAUACAAAAGAGGCUAUUAGUGCGGUGCAAGAUCUUUGGCAGUCACCUAACAGUAAUUCAAGCCGUAUGAUGCCCAGUCCCAUUGUGCAUAGGAUGCGUAGUGAUAUCAGAGGCAAAAUUUCAUUCGACAUUCACAUGGACAGUUCAAUGACGCAAAACGUUGUCGCAAACAAUAAGCUACAUCAACAGCAACAGCAACAACAACAGCAGAACUAUGGUUCAGUGCAAGCUUACAACGAUCAAGAGAAUCAUCACUUUCAUAAUUCUUAUUCAAAUCAUGAACAUCAAAAUUCUUUUGGCAAUCAUUCGGUGAUCCAAAAUACUUUUCAUUAUUCCAUGCAGCAACCACAUCACGAUCAGCAUCUCCAAUCUAUACCUCAACAGCAGCCACAUCAUCAUCAUGCUCAGCACCAUCAACAGCUCCAGUCAUCUCAUCACCAUCAAGUACUAUUACAGCAGCAGCAGCAGCAUCAACAUCAACAUCAUCAUCAGCAAGUUUCACCGCAUAUGACGCCCCAACAUCAGUUGCCUCAGCAUCAGACCCCGCCACAUGCAAUACACCAUCAAUCGCCUCCCCAGCAUCAUUAUCCACAACAUAUGCAGCUGCCCGUCCAACAUAUGCAACAACAGCACAUGCAACAUCCCCAGCUCACUCAACAACAACACCUCAAUGCCUCUCCACAUAUAAAUGCAUCCCAACAUUUGAGUCCUCCGCCACAUCUCAAUUCAUCCCAACACCUUCAACACCAUCCUCAUCAUCCUCAACAUCCUCACCAGCAGCAGUCCCACCUUCAACAUUCGCAGCUUGGUCAACAUCCUCAACAUCAUCAACAAGUUGCACAGCAGCAUCAUAUGUACAAUAACGUUGUGCCAAACAAUAUGGGCUAUCCACAACCAUAUGCUUCACCUCUCCAGUCGGCUCACUCUAGUAUUGAACAGUCGCAGAAACAGGUGCAUUUCUCGCCGUAUGUUGAUCCCAGCGCCGAAGGUAGUGGCAACAAUAAGCCUUCGCCUUAUCGUAUGCCUACUGAGCUGCCUCACAUAAAAUCACCAGGUAUGAAUCGGCGCGAUCUGAAAUAUCUCGAAAGUGCCGAGGACAAAGAAAACGCAGCUGUGGGCCUUGACUACAACACUUCUGUCGAGGAUAGUGUCAUCAAACAACAACAACAACAACAACAACCACCACCACCACCACUACCACCACCGCAGCAGCAGCAGCAGCAACAACAACAACAACAACAACAGCAGCAGCAGCAUCAACAUCAGGAUGAGAAUAAUUUGUAUAUAGAUGACAGCUUAGGCAUUUCACCGUUACCGGGUGUAAAUGAGACUUGUUACACCGAUACUUUUAAUCGACCUCUCAUUGCGUCCACUCCUGUGACUAAUCAUUUCAAGGCCUACAAGUCCCCAAAAGAUGUGCAGCAGCAGCUUCAUCAUCAUCAUCAUCAACAACAACAACAACAACAUCAUCAACAACAGCAGCAGCAUCAUCAUCAUCAAGUUGCCGGAGAAUUAGACGAAAAAUUAAGUGUAAUAAUGGAAUCAACCAGAGAAUACGUCUCCAGUAGUUCUGCAAGCAGUGGAACUACUCGAACUGGAUUUACUAUAACUCGUGAUGAUCUUCCGACAAUUAAAGAACAGUCAACUGUAAAUGACACCGCGACAAACGAUCAUUAUUUGGCGAGCAGUGGCACCGUCGGCGGUUAUGAGCAACAACAACAGCAACAGCAACACAUCACAUAUGAACAAAAGAUGCGAGCUCACAUACAGGCUGUUCACGCCCAAAGUCCACGCACUGUACAGCGGAACGUCGACCAGAUCACUACGGAAAUCAAAACUAACUGCGACUUACAUAAAUCUAUCAGCUUUAACAGAUCACUGGCUGACACGACUACCCCAGAUCACCCGUCACUCCCAGCUUUGGAUGACAGUGAUGCAAAGCAACCACCGCCUCACCAGCUCCAGCAGCAACAACAGCAGUUGGACAGCUCGAUGGACUGCGAGUACCAAGAGCCAAUGGAACGGAUGCUCGAGGACGAGGAGGAGGUUGAGACAAAAGAGGAGCCACCCUUCGAAUUGCCAGAUGGUGACAUCAACCCCUUCGACAAGGACCUUAUUGCUGGUCUGUUGAGGAGAAUGAAGUUUCCCAAACCUCACCACGCGGAUGGCUACGCUAAGCUCACUAGCAAUCUAAUCAAGUUUGUGCCUUCUAGUACUGUGACACUUGGGAACGAUAUGUAUGAUUUGGACAAGUGCCUUGGAAAAGGAACGUAUGGAACCGUAUUUAAGGGUACUAAUUUGCAAACCCGAAAGGUCGUGGCAUUGAAAACACAGAAGCCAGCUUGGGUUUGGGAAUAUUAUAUUGCAAGGGAAGUUAAAUCUCGACUCACAAAUCCACAUAUGUUGCGGGGUUUCAUGGACGUUCAAACGUCUUACAUAGCGGAAAACGGUAGUGUUUUAGUAUCGGAAUUUUCCAAAUAUGGCACCCUAUUAGAAGUGACGAAUAAAAUUAAGAUUUCAACAGGAAAGCCCCUCAGCGAACCACUAGCCAUAUUCUUUACAAUUGAAAUGUUGCAGAUCGUAGAAUAUUUGCACAAGUGUCAGAUUAUACACGCUGAUAUUAAACCUGACAAUUUUCUCUUAAUGCACAUGCCAUCCGAAGAUGUAAGACCAACAAUUCAAUUGAUAGACUUUGGCUGCAGUAUAGAUAUGAGUUUAUUUCCCGAUGGUACCAAAUUUACGCAAAUUAUAAAAACCGAGGAGUUUACAUGCAUCGAAAUGCAGACCGGAAAGCCAUGGACCUACCAAACCGAUCUGUACUGUCUAGCAGCUUCUAGUCAUUGUCUCCUUUUUGGAAACUAUAUGAAAGUCUCAAUGAGUGGAAAGAAGUGGUAUAUCAAUUCAAAAUUACCCAGGUACGCUAAAAAGGCUGUCUGGGAAAAGUACUUCACGGAAUUAUUGAACAUUGAAUCGUGUGAUAAUUUACCGGAUUUGGCGAAGUUGCGAAACCUGAUGGAGGAGGGGCUAGCGCAAAUGCCCGAGCUACAAACUAAAUAUCGACAGUUUUCCAACGUUCUCAAUCAUCGAUAACGCUUACUCCAAGCCAUUGUUAUUUACAAGUCAUCAUUUCACAAAGCACGUCAAAUGCAGUUUAUGAAGACUGCCUCGUGCUACGCACGGUUGAUGCUUCUCUUUAUCUUUUUUUUUCUUUUUAACAGGAAACUUGCACCUUUCAGUU